AUUUUCUAAUCUUUUAAAAGUGAGGUUAACGAUUUUCAUGCACUGAUCACGCGUUCAUCGAAUCCAACUAUGAAAUGCUGAGUAGGUUGUCUUUCUUGCUGAGCUCGCGGCACGUUGCGUCUGCGCAAUGUAAACGUUGUUCAAAGUCGUCAAAGUCUUGUUUGUGACUGUGACCAUUAUGUGAAGUUGAUCGUGGAAGUGAGUUUGCUUUGUAUAUAUGUUGUGUACAAAAGAUAUAAUUUUUUAACGUAUAUCUGUGAUAAUCUGCAAUUAUAUUCUACCACCAAGUAAGCCUGCUGUUUUGUAUAAUUUUAACAAUAUUUCAAAUAGUGCAUGCGGUACCUAAAAUUCAUUAACCAAUGGAAAGUCAAGGUCAAAGUCAUGCGCGGCUUUGUGCAUACGUUUUCGCGGGUUUUCAUGAAGUUCGUCAAGCGCCAAGAUGGUGAGAAGAGAAGCUUUGAAAGAACAGUUUUCGUUGCUUGGUGUUAAUAACGUUUCUGAAGAAGUGAUAGACAAAUGUGCAGAAAUAUGCAUCUCCAAUGGAAUAGACGAGGAAGAGUUGGUGGAGGUAUGGAUGGCCUUCAGCGUGUCGCACCUGAGGGGUGCCGACCCCACGCUAGAUACGCUCGUUCAGAUGGAACGCAGAGAGUUCAGCAAGAAGCAGGAGUUGCAGCCCCAACCCCAGAAGCAGUCUACAAGGUCACAAGAGAACUCGCUAGUCAUAUACCUGGGCAAGGAGUCUACCGAACCCGACGAUGGAGAUGACAUUCUGGAUGCAUACAGCUCAACUCCCAAAGCAAAGAACAGAGAUGGAAAGAAGGAUGAACACACACCUGAUGCUGGACCAGGACGUGGUCGCAGCCCUAGAGCCAUAUUCUCUCCUGCCAGCUUCUCGCCUACUGCUGCAACACCAUCCAGCAAGUACAGGGCUCGCACCAACAAGGGCGAUGCAGUGUGUGUGUAUGGUGAGAAAUGUGAAACAGAUUGGCACCCACAAAAUAGUCACUUUCAACCACUUGUACAGUUAGCAUCUUCACACAUGCAAGCCAAUACAUGUUUUAUGUUCAACCAAAUGCGAGACAUGGCUCAGGUGCUGAAUGAAACUGUUCAUCACGUGGGACAAAUGAUACUUAAGAAGUUUGCAUUGCAGGAGCCCCAGGCAAUAAACCAACCUCACCAGAACCAAUUUGUUGGUGUGGGUCGUGUGUGCUGUGACAGCAACGGGCGCCUUAAUGCUAAAUCUUUAAUACUUGAAAGCUUUUCUGGCAAGACAGUUCCCAUGGAUGUAUCGCAGGUUGAAAGUUUUUCAUUGUUUCCUGGACAAGUAAUUGCAGUUGAAGGAGAGAACCCACUAGGGAGUAAGCUGUCUGCUAAACAGAUCUACACUGAUACUUCCUUGCCAUUACCCCAAAGACCAUCUCUGUCAUCAGAAGAAAAUGGUCCAAUACAGAUUGUUGUGGCAGCUGGUCCAUUUACACAAUCUGAUACUUUGACGUACCAGCCGUUGGAGGACUUAGUGGAAUAUAUUCAGGAACAUAGCCCACACUUGGUCAUUUUAAUUGGUCCAUUUAUUGAUGCCACACAUCCACAUGUGAUUGAAGGAAUACUUGCAGAAACUUUUCAAGCUUUCUUUGAGAGGAUUGUUGAUGGGAUUAUGCAGCCUCUGGAAACGCUGAAUACACAAGUUCUGAUGAUACCUUCAUGGCGUGAUGCCCACCACCAUGCAGUGUAUCCAGUUCUACCAUUUGUGCUUCGGAAACAGUAUGCAAAACUCAUCCUUGCACCUGAUCCCUGUGUAGUUGAUAUUCAUGGUCUUGUAAUUGGUGCAACAUCUACAGAUAUAUUGCUUCAUUUGGGUAAAGAGGAAAUAUUUCAGGUACAACUGAGUUUGGACAGGUUGGGGCGUAUUGCUGGCCACAUCUUAUCCCAGCAGAGCUUCUACCCUCUGUAUCCACCAGCAGAAGAAAUGAACCUUGAUCUAGAGUUAUGGGCAAAUUAUGCAGUGCUGGAAGUUACACCACAUAUAUUAAUUCUGCCAUCAGACCUUCGUUGCUUUGUCAAGAACUUGAAUGGCUGUGUAAUUGUUAACCCUGAGCGGCUGGCUAAAGGAUUGGUUGGUGGCAACUUUGCUCGUUUGGAAGUGUCUUGUGCAAAAGGCGAUGUUAAUGUCAAUGCGCAAAUAGUGAAGAUAUAACAGUAAAAUGAGUAGACUGCUGGCACGGUUCAUGAUUUUUCCAAGAGGGUUCACCGCAUAAUGGAUGUUCCAUUAAUUAUAUGAUUGUGGCAGUUCAGUUUGAAAUGUGCUAUUUUAAUAAAUUUCAUUUGUAUUUGA